AGAGAGAGAGACCGUGAUUUAAUGUGACACAGAGGGCAAAUCGAGGUGAGGAGGAGCUGUUCACAAAACCACUAACAUCUCGUGAAUUCUUAAGUCUUUCUUACUGAGCACCAUAAUCAGUGUGUGCGCCGCUUUCUCCGUUAUUUCGUGCAGCGUGUGUGCACUUGUGCGUGUGUUUAUCAGCUUACUCUUCAACGCAGGUCGCUUAUAUAUUCAAAUCCACUUCAUGGUAUUGUAGCUCAGCAGGUUUCGUAAGUUAAAUCCAGGCGGAGAAAGUGACGCCGGUUGCGGGACAGCUUCAUCACGCGAGAGCACAGCAGAGCAGCCUCACUGCAGCGGGACAGGUGCAUGAACGCGCAAUACAUCACACACACACACACACCGAAACUGAGCCCGGAGUGUGGACGUACAUACAAUGACGGACAUGUGUGCUUUCUGGAAGCGUGUUUGAAGGGAGGACACCGAUAUCUGGGUCUGGGAUUUCUUCAUGAGGUGUGCAGUCAUGCUUCUUAAGGGACUGAUCUUGUUGAUGCUGUUGGUCCAGUACUCGGCAGAAGAGGGGGGCAAACCAAAGAAAGGAAAAAAGGGCAAGCAAGUCAUCUGUCCCUCUCAGUUAUCAGCAGAGGACUUGGACAGAGUCCCAGCCAACUCGACCAGCAACAUACUCAACCGACUUCUGAUGACCUAUGAUUCACGAAUACGGCCGAAUUUCAAAGGAAUCCCGGUGGAGGAUAAAGUGAACAUCUUCAUUAACAGCUUUGGAUCGAUUCAAGAGACUACAAUGGAUUACCGUGUGAAUAUUUUCCUCCGUCAGCGCUGGAACGACCCACGGCUGCGUUUGCCAACAGAUUUUAAGUCGGAUGCUUUGACUGUCGAUCCAAAAAUGUUCCAGUGCCUGUGGAAGCCUGAUCUGUUUUUUGCCAAUGAAAAAAAUGCUAACUUUCAUGACGUUACACAGGAAAACAUACUGCUCUUCAUCUUUCGCAAUGGUGACGUGCUCAUCAGCAUGAGAUUAUCUGUCACCCUGUCUUGCCCUCUGGAUCUUCAACUCUUUCCUAUGGACACCCAGCUCUGCAAGAUGCAGUUAGAGAGCUUUGGCUACACCACAAAGGACCUGGUGUUUAUGUGGCAGUCUGGAGACCCUGUUCAGAUGGAUGAGAUUGCUUUGCCACAGUUUGAUGUAAAACAAGAGGAUAUUCAAUAUGGAAACUGCACCAAGUUCUACCCUGGAACAGGUUAUUAUACAUGUGUGGAGGUCAUCUUCACUCUGAGGAGGCAGGUGGGCUUUUACAUGAUGGGUGUUUAUGCUCCAACACUGCUCAUCGUGGUCUUAUCAUGGCUGUCCUUCUGGAUCAACCCAGACGCCAGUGCAGCUCGAGUGCCUUUAGGUAUUCUGUCUGUUCUGUCACUCUCGUCUGAAUGCACAUCUCUAGCAUCUGAGCUGCCAAAGGUCUCCUAUGUGAAGGCCAUUGAUAUCUGGAUGAUCGCCUGUUUGCUGUAUGGUUUCGCCUCUCUGGUGGAGUACGCUGUGGUUCAGGUGAUGUUGAACAGCCCCAAGCGCAUUGAGGCAGAGAAAAUAAAGAUGGCUGAGAAAGAGAAAGCCAGAGAAAAAGAGAACAAGACUCCGGCUAAAACUAACAGCGCAAACGGCACUGGUGGGACACCUAUACAUGUAAGCACACUACAGGUUGUGGAAAACCGCUGUAAGAAGGUGUGUACUUCUAAAUCGGAUCUGCGCUCCAAUGAUUUCAGUAUUGUCGGUUCUCUUCCCCGGGAUUUUGAACUCUCAAACUUCGACUGUUACGGAAAACCCAUAGAGGUCACAGAUGCCUCCGGAAAACCACAGAACAAGAACAACAAAAAACCAGCGCCUCCGAAACCCGUCAUCCCGUCCGCUGCUAAACGCGUUGAUCUCUAUGCACGAGCUCUGUUCCCUUUCACUUUCCUCUUCUUCAAUGUUAUUUACUGGUCUGUUUAUCUGUGACCAUGACCAAGAAUAAGUGUGCGAAAAUGUGCGUGUGUGUGCUUUUAUGUUGACGAGGGUGAUGAUCAUGCAUGAAGAAAGCAUUGAAUUGUUUAUCCUAUAUUCUUUGACAUCUCUUAUUUUGAUCUGCUCAGUUAAAAGUCCUGCUUAUUUCUAUUUUCUCUUUAUAAGUCGCUUUUUCAGAUGUGUACUGUAGCUUUAAUACCAGCUAAUGCAGCAUGACUUUACAGACAGUGUGUGUUCAGCCAUGUUCGGCCCAAACUGCUAGAUAGUGACUCCAUGAUGUCCCAUGCCAAGCCAUCCAUAAUGUUUAUUGGUUUUAAACUCAGGCAAAUGUGCUUAUGGAAUAAAGGACUGUAUCGGAUCUGAACAUAGACAGCAUGUAGUGGUGGUAUAAUGGGCAUAUUGCAUACAAGUCUGUA